AUGCCGAAUGGAUCCCUCGAUAAGUUCAUUUCCAAGAGCAUGUCAACGAAGAUGGAAUGGGAAAGGUUAUACGAAAUUGCAUUGGGUGUCUCUCGCGGCUUAGAGUAUUUGCACAAUCGUUGUGUAUCAAGGAUUGUGCAUUUCGACAUAAAGCCGCAAAACAUACUCAUGGACAAGGAUCGUUGCCCCAAGAUAUCAGAUUUUGGUCUUGCUAAGCUCUGUAAAAAUAAAGAGAGCAUCAUGUCGAUGCUUGAUGCGAGAGGAACGGCAGGAUACAUUGCCCCUGAAGUGUUUUCCAAGAAUUUUGGAGGAGUCUCGCAUAAGUCAGAUGUGUAUAGUUAUGGGAUAGUGAUUCUUGAGAUGAUUGGAGUAAGGAAUAUAGAGAAUGUUGAAAUUUUUGGAUCCAACAAUAGUUCAAUGUAUUUUCCAGAUUGGAUCUAUAAGGAUUUUGAUAGGGGAGAUAAUAUGAGGAUUUUCGGAGAUCAAAUUACCGAAGAAGAAGAGAAAAUCGCAAAGAAAAUGGCAUUGAUUGGUCUAUGGUGUAUUCAAACCAAUCCAUCUGACCGUCCACCAAUGAGCAAAGUCAUUGAAAUGUUAGAGGGGAAUCUAGAGGCUCUUCAAGUUCCACCUAAACAUGUCUGGUCUUUACCCACAACUACGGUUCCAGAAUCUGUUGAAGAUAGUAAUGAGACUUUAAGCCUCUCUAACCCAAGUCAGUUUGAAAGAGGGAAUAAGCGCGUUUGGUAA